AUGCGCGGUCUGCACGUCCUGGCGGCCCUGUGCCUCUUGACGUUCUCCACAUCCAACAUCUACUUUGAAGUCCCGUUCAGCCUCCACCAGUACACCAUGACCGCCAUCUUAGUCGACUCUUUCGUUCAUUUGCGCGUCCACAGCGUUAUCGACAGUACCGACCGCGUCUGCAAUACCACUAACACAUCGUUGAACUUUUGCUCGAUAAACCUCGAGCCUUUCCAUGUCGUGGCGCCAUCCGACCGCCUUGUUGCCGUGGACAUGCAUGCCAUAUCAGUCAAAUCAUUUGAGGAAGUCGCCGAUGCGGCGGCUGGGAUGUCCUAUGUCUUGCCCCUCUUCGACGAUCCCAACUCGGAAUCAAACGAUCAAGCAGACGAUGACGUACGUGUGCUGAGCGGCUUUGUCCGGCUAACGGUUGUGCAUCCUUCCGUGGUCACGUUCGAGCCCUCCCAACGUCGUCGCAGCGCAUCUGUCCAUUCCACGCAUGCAGACUCUCCCUAUGACAACGUCGUCCUCGACGAUCCCGACGACUCGCUUCGGUUCCAUCUGCCGUUCUCGGACUUGGUCGCACGUGGUUGUCGUGUGGAAGCUGUGUACGUCCAAGGCGCCGAGGCAGUUCACCUUCGCGUCGCGUCCAUCGACGGUGAUUCCACCCAUCCAUCAUCCGUUCUGGACAUUGCCGAAUCCGAUCGCCUCGUCGCCGCCGACACGACGCCCAUCACACUUCAACAGUUGGACAACUUAUUAGACAGUGAACCAGGCACGUUGGCGUUGCUGCCAUUGGUGGACACCAGCGAAGGGCAAGGCAAUCAACUAACUGGGUUCAUUCUGGUCGAACUUGUCCGCGCCACCACGUUGGUGUUUGAGCCCAUGGAGUUGUCGCGAGUGACGGCGCUCGAGCAGGUGCUCGCCACGAAUCCAAGCCAUCCUCAUGUUCACAUGCGAGACGACGUAUACUUGCAUGCAAACGUUAAUUCUCCUACCGCCAUGCCCCCCCCCACAUCUAAAACCUGCAGCUCCACGAUGACUAAUACGUCGGCUACCAGUAAGGACAAGAACAACAUCAUUCAUAAGCCCAAAGUUGAUGUGUAUCAACUACCUCUUGUGGUCGACAUUGCCCAAGAUGAUGACGACAAGAAUCUCACCAGUGGAAGCCAUGUGAAUGGCGUGGCAGCACCACAAGGCGGAAACACCAGCAACAGUGCUACGAAUAUGUACCCCAUUCGAAUUGAAGACACUCCAAACGCAGCAGCUUCGGCUGAGACCACGUCGCCUUCGUCGACAGCGCCAGACCAACCGUCGCAACAGCAGCAUUCUGUGGCGGACCAGCGCAAACUCGGCCUCGCGUUCGAGUUCGACGUGGCCUUUCCCACCAAAACCCGCCUCGGAAUCAACUGGGACGCCGACAUUGAGGAUCGAACUGUCAUCGACUCGAUCGAGCCGCACUCCCCCGCCGCCGCCCUCGACUGCCUUGAGCCUCGAGACCACCUCGUGGCCAUCAACGGCAUCAAUGUGUCCACUUUUGCCCCCCCCGACGUCGUCCCGGUGUAUAUCAAGUCGGCAUGGCCGAAAACCCUGCGGUUUAGUGUCGGAGCGUCCACGCCAGUGGCCCCCCCAGCCCCACCUCAAGUCAACCAGACCGUACCACCAGUUCAAUCGGUCACCGAAACGCAUCAUCAUGAGUACCCACUGACUGCGCAUGCGGACGUUCCUCGCCUUCGCCGUGACGGCGAGGCCUUUUGGUACGAAGUGACCCUCCCUGAGCUGCAAACUCCCGUGGGAAUUUACUGGGACUUGCACAAUGCCAUGUCCAGCACAGUCGUUCACGCGAUUGAACCCGGUUCGAUCGCCCAUCGAUUGCAAGUGAUCCACCAAGGCGACCAAUUGCUGCUGGUCAACGACGCCAACGUGACUGCGCUGGGCCCAUGGGACGCCCUCGCGCGCUACAAAGCCACUCAUCCCCCCCGCACGUUGCUUUUGUAUUGCCCUCCAGUUGAUUCUUCGUCCACAACUUCGUCGACUACCCCUCUAGCAACGUCUACAGAAGCCCAAGCCCCAACAAUUGUUGUGCCGGAUUUAACUCCAGAGGACCCCAAGGUCGAAGCGCGGCGACUUCAGUGGCAGCUUGUACCCCUCUCGUCCGUCCGGUCGGCACGUCAACAUGGCGACGUUGUUCAGUAUGAGAUUCAAGUCACAUCGCCCGGCCCCAUCGGCAUCGUGUGGGAUCGCCUCCUUCGUACCAAAACUGAAGUGAAAUCCGUUGACGUUCACUGCCGGUUUCCCAACGUAGUGGCGGGGGACCACCUCGUGGGGAUCAACGACAAGAACGUGUCCACCAUGGGGCCGCAGCAGGUCGUUGUGUGGUACACCCAAGCUUCGUUUCCAAAGCGGCUGGUGUUUCGCACGUCUUCGUCCGCAGCCGCGACCCACAAUGUCGAAGCGACUGCCGAGCCCCACGUCACGCACUUGGUCGUGCAAGCCCCGUCCGUGCUGAAGGACUGGGUGCUGCCGCUGGACAUGGCCGACUGGAGCACGUCCAUGACGACGACAAACGUCACCCUCGUACCCGCCACUCCCGCGUCCAGCUGUUUCAAGCUGAGUUUGCCCCAAAUGGUGCUGGGGGACGUGGUGGUGGUCGUUGCCAUCCGAGGCGGUUGUUCGUUCACAGAUAAAGCGCACCAUGUUCUGCACGCCCAAGGGGACGGACUGUUAUUGGCCAACAACGUAGCGGGGCCAGGCACGUUUCCAUUGAACAUGCCACAUGUGGACCAUGUAGCACUCCCUGUAGCUAUGUAAAAAAAUGAACUGUAGGCGUAUAUUGCUCACGGUUGAGGGGGUUGACUAGGAUGUCGCGGGACGAAGGCGACGUGUUGUUGGCAGUGUUGGCGUACGAAUUUGCAAGUGCAAUGUGGCAACGGCUGCCAAAGGCAAAGUCGACAUUACUGGCACCGUCUCAACGCCAUUCGGACCAUUCGGCGCCUUUGUCCUUCCUUCUAUGGCAUGUCGAAGGUGACAUCGCCCAGACCGUCUCCAUGGCGUACGUGGCGGCCUCGUUCGGAACCCCCGUGCGCGAGUCCCAGCCGUUUCAAGUAGUGCUGUCCACCCCCGUGCAAACGGCGUGCCAUCGCGACGACGUGACGGUGCGGGGAAAGGGGUCGGUGGUCGUCGUGAAGCAUGGCACGUGUUCUUUUACGCAGAAAGCAAAGUACACCUCUACGAGAUUGACAAGAGUCUGUUGGUGGAUGAUGGAUGGGUAGGGUCGUGCAACAACUCGGAGCCCUCGGCAUGGUGGUGAUCAGUGCCGACGACACCCCCGUGGUUCUCGCGUCGGAAGAGAGCGACCUUUCGAUAUGGGCUGUGUCGAUUGGUCGGAUGGACGGUGACCGGAUGCAGCAGAUCCUGGCCAUGUCCUUGACGGCUCAUUCGCCGUUGCUGCUUCGGUUCAUGCCGCCCCCUCGAGACGACGCCACAGAAGCGACAUAAGCAGUGUAACGUUCGAUUGUAUGUGCCUUUUUCGACUGGGGCAAUUAUUCGGCUUUACUACUACUAGUAAGUCUUAGUACUAAUAGUAC